CCAUAGUUGUCAUACCAUUCAUAUUGUGUACCACGGGAUGUGUCCGUUCUUAGUGGUUUAUGAUUUCUCUUAUCAAUGCAGAAUCCGUAAUGCCACUGAAUAUGUGAACACCGAUUUGUAGUGUUAAUUCACAUUACACACGAAGCUUUUCCCGCGCAGUAUUGGUUUUGAAACGGGGCGACUAUAUUAAUUGAAUGGUAAAUACGAGGGAUCCUGUCACAAAGUAUAAUAGAUCAAAAUUUUUUUAUUUGGCGUCCAUAUCAUUGACUACCGGUUCGGUUAAUAAAAACUUGUGAAAAUGCAUUUUAAAUCACGUUAAAGUACAGUGAUUUAUCGCUAUGAUUAUUUGGUUUAUCGACAUACUACAAAUUGCUGCAGUCGUAUGUACACCAUGAUCAUACUCCUUUUGAACAUGCAUUUGUAAAGCGAAAAAUUCCAAAAAGACUUUUGAUAUAUGUAUACAUACUUCAACACACGUAAUUGGAGUUUCUUGUAAAAUUGUAGUGAAUACAAUGUCGAAACUUAAGUCAGUUGACCGGAAGAUCUGCUGCUUCUGUGGACUACCAGAUGAUGAUGAAUUACAAUUUGGAAAAUUUUAUGAAUAUGGUGAUAUUGUCACACAUUAUUAUUGUUUGUUAUUAUCUUCAAACAUGGAACAAAAAGGAGGUGACAAUGAUGGCAUUUUGGGAUUUUUAAAAACAGAUAUACAAAAGGAGAUACGUAGAGGAAAACGAUUGGUAUGUUCACACUGUAAAAAAGGUGGUGCCACUUUAGGGUGUUGUAAUAUCAAAUGUAAAAAAAUGUUUCAUUAUCCCUGUGGUCUAAGGGCUGGAUCCUUAAAUCAAUUUUUUGGUGAAUUUAGGUCAUAUUGUCAAAUUCAUAGACCAAGACAAAAAAUAGACCUUAAAGUAAAAAGUGAAUUAGAGAAAACUACCGAUAUUAAAUGUUAUAUAUGUUAUGAUGAUGUGAAUCCAGCUGAUAGAAUUGAUACAAUAUGGGCCCCAUGUUGUAAAAAGAAUACAUGGUUUCAUAGAAAAUGUGUUCAACAACUGGCUAUGAGUGCUGGUUAUUUUUUUAAGUGUCCCUUGUGCAAUAAUAAAAGAAAAUUCCAGAAAGAAAUGUUAGAAUUUGGUAUUUUUAUUCCUAGACAAGAUGCUUCUUGGGAACUUGAACCAAAUGCAUUUCAAGAACUUUUAUACAGACACGAUCAAUGCGAUGCUCCAAUAUGUCUAUGUCCUAAGGGCAGGAAAUAUACCAGUUUUAAUGCAAAGUGGGAGCUGGCACUUUGUCGAACUUGUGGAUCUCAAGGAAUUCAUAUGGCAUGUGGACAACUUAAAUGGAGUAAUCCUGUUUGGGAAUGUUCAGAAUGCAUUUCCAUUUUAGAUAAAUCCAAAGAAAAUAUCAAUACAAACACAUCUCUAAGUACAUUACAGAGAAAUGAUUCUGACUCAGAAGAAAGUGACAGUGAUAUUUCUGUUGGCACAGAAUUACCAUGUACAACAGACAUAACGAUUCCUGUUCUAACGCAAGAGAUACGUGCCAUUAACGUACGUCCCGGUCCACGAUCGUUCAAAUUAAGACAAUACGAAAUUGCCAAAGAAAUGGAACAGUCACACAAAAGCAACAAUAGGCAACAGUGUAUCGAAGAAACGCAUACGGCCCUGAAUAUAACAAAAGUAGAAGAAUACGCAAAUAAUAAAAAUACUCCCAUCUAUAAAUCAAAUUCACCUAAAGAACAGCUCAAUUCAGUAACUGAACAUUGCAAAUCCACAACAGUUACUUCAGAUGAUAGUAUUAUUACGCUCGAUAGUCAUGAUGAGAUGAAUGCAUCUAUUAGUUCACUGGAAAAUACAAUAUUAAUUGUCGAUGUUAAUGAACCUGUACAGAAUGAUUUGUGUCCAUUGAACAACAAUAAUGUUAAAGACAAAAGCGACGAUACGGUACAAACUGUUAGUGCUUCUAGAAAAGAAAAACUACGUACAGACAGUUCAGAACAAAAUCAUGAUAGUAAUACUUUGAUAAAUAAUUUAAGGGAUUUAAAAGUAAAGACUGGUAAAUUGGAAGAAAACAAUUCACAAGAUCUAAAAUCAGUUGAUUUGGACAGAACGAUACUGAAUAUAGAAACUGAUAGUAAUUCUAGUGACUCGCUUUCAAAUAUCAGAAUUAGUAAUGUUAUUUCUUUAACACCCGAUCAAUUUGAAAAUGUAUCGUUCGUCGAUGACAAACAGAAAAUCAACAAUGCUCAAUGUUUACAACAAAAUUCUAGUUCAAGACCACAUUCUUCACGAUCGAAAAGUGAUAAUUUCGAAAUGCGAUUGAAAAGAAAAAUUGAUAAUGCUGUUUCGAAUUCGAUCAGUGCAUUAGAAGAGAAAUCGAAGAAGAGAAAAAAUUUUAACGCAUAUAAACAACAGGAUCAGUCGUUACCUGUAUCUGUAGACAUUGAAAAUAUUAGCGAAUCUAAAAAAAUUGCUGAUAAUAUUUCAAUUCCAACACUCGAUGCAGACCGUACACAAAUCAAUAAAAGUAAUAAUAGUAAUACCUUUGCAACUAUGUUUAAGACACAUAAAAAAUAUCAGUCGCAUGUUCAAGUUGAACAACGCUUAGUUAGAAAUACUGAUGUUCUAUUCGAUACUCAAACACCUAAUGUAAACCACACAGAAGAAAAUAUUUUGAAGAUAUUAGAUGAUGAUGAUGAGGAUGAUAAUGAUGAAGAUGGCGAUAAUGAUGAUGAAGAUGAUGAUGAUGAUGAUGAUAUUUCAGUAUCAUCAAAAUGUAAAAGAAGAAGCAACAGUAAUAGUGAAACUAAUAGUGAGAUGGAAAUAUCUGAAAACAAAAAUAUCGAAGGAGAUAUAAAAAAUUGUGACGCGGAUGCAGGCACCAGACGUGCUGCUACCAGUUCAAGAUACAGACACUUCCCAACAGAUGAAGGGACUGACCUUGCAAAAGGAUACUUCAGACAUUCUUUUCUGCCAUCAGGAACAUCGGAGCAAAAAAAAUCGCAAAACGAUAUUGAGAUGGCUACCAUGUCAAACCACGGAACCAACGUCAGCGAUUUCAAGAAAAAAGAAAAUAAAAACACCGAAAGUGAUAACUAUCGACUAAUACCAGAAUACAUACGCUUAUGUGAUCUGAAGUUCCGUGUGUGUAAUUCGAAUAAUUUACUGAUGGUUUUAUAUAAUAAGUUCUCUGUAAAUAUUAAUAUGGAGAAUUCGGUUAUAAUGAAGAACAAUGCUGGUUUCGAUUCUACAUGGAAGAACAUCCAACAAAAGUAUUUGAGAACGCACAGCGAAAUUACUUCGAUUUUUAAGCCUGGUGAUAGCUUACAGAGUAGUACUCCUAUUUGUAAAGAUAAUGGCAAACAUGAUCUAUUUAUUAACGGCCAGUCAGAGAGUUAUUGCGAGGAUGCCAAGGAAAAUUUGGAUCCGAUAUGUUGUAAAAUUACAGCGGAUAAUGGUAAUAAUCAAAGUGAAAACAGUAGUUUAACACAUUACAAAAUGUACAAUACGUCUAAAGUGAUCGAAGAAGAUAGCAAGUGGCGUUACCGGGAGAACGUUAAUUUAGUGAACGACUCUGCGAAUACUUUCGAUACGGAUGAGUUUAUUACGCACUCUAAUGACAAGCACUUCAAAAAUAUUAACAAUGUGAAACAAAAGAACACUAACACCGAAGGUUUUGGCAAGAAUGAUAUUUUUGACCUAACGGAAUCGCACUGUGUAAAUAAUAAAGUGAAGAACAAAAGAAGUGUGAGUGGAAUCCAUUUUAAAAUAAGCAUUGAUCUAAAAAAAAUAGAGAGCCUUAUUGAUACUAACCUAGAGUUAUUCUCGAAAGAUAGAAAAAAGAAUGACGAACAAAAUAUUGAUGAUAUAGGUUUAUUAAAGGUAUGGAACGAUUUAAACGAAAGAAUUAAUAUAACGAACAGACACGUUUCGGGUUCAGUGAUAGACGAAUCAAAGCAUCUUGGAAAUUUUACGUUAUCCACGGUUGGAGGUCGGGUAGCAGAAUUGAAAAGCCAUAGAAGUGAAGAUAACGAAAGAAAUGACAUAAAGAACGAUAGUGAUAUCUCCAGACAAUAUAAGAAGAGGGACAAAAUAUUUCAAUAAUUUUUCGUUCGCUCGCCAAAAACAGGAUUUGAAGUUCAUUAAAUGUCAUUUUGAAAAAUGCUUUUCUUUCAAUAAAUAACGUGAUAUAAAUAUGUAUAUAUCUAUCUAUGUAUAUCUAUACUUACAGAUUAUGAAAAUAUUAAUCUAACUACAUUAUUCGCAAAAACUGCAUUCCUGAGACUAAUACAUAUAUAAUGAUAGACACUGUUUUUGUAUGUAGUAAUAUCUAACAUAUUUAGUAAUACUAUAUUAUUUUUAAGUCUUGUAAAAAUAGAUAUCUAUCUAUAUAUAUACAUAACUUAAUGAAUUUAUUGCAUUUUUACUUAAAAACUGCAUAACUCAUCUUUGUAUUUUUAUUUUACUUGGUAUUAAGUAAGUGUUUUAUUAAAAAUAUAGUCAUUAAGUUUUCGAGUUUUCCUUUUUUACUUAUUAUUUUUGAGACAACAGUAAAUAUAUAGGAUAAACCAUUAUGUUUGCUGCCUUAAUUAUCGCGAGAAAAAUUCGAAAAUUCCCUUCUAAUCGUCCCUUUACUUCUAAAUGUGUUUUGAUCUUUGCACGAUACACUUAUGUUGUUGCGUAUCUGUAUAAUUGUAGUAAAAUCUGUUAUGCGCAAUUUCAACCAAGUAAAUAAUUAUAUUUAUCAUCAUAGGUGUUAUAUUUCCUGAUUAUUGUUGUUCAUGUUUUAUUGUAUGUAUUUUAUAAAUCGAAUUUUAUCGUUAAUAUGUACAAUAUAUGAUUUUCACUGCUAUUUAUGGUUGUAGGUAUUAUUAUUAUUAUAUACAAAGUUAAUCGUUUUUUCUAUGUCACACUAUAUUUUAGUUUAUACCGAGUAUUAUACAUGAUUUUUAAAUAGUAUCUUAUUAAUAGUAUACGAAUAAAUAUAGCACAAUAAAUAAACUUGAAUAAGAACUAUUAAACAUAUAAGAAAAAAGAAACUAAUUAUAUGGUGUGAAGAAAGUAUUUGAAAUCAACAUGGCGAUAAAACGGAACUAUAUUUAUAUAAUUGUAAUAAAACUGUCAUUAAGAACGGGUGUUUUAAAAUACUUUAUUAACUACUGCAAAUCUUGUUUGUAAAAAGAGUUUAAUAGCUGCGACCAAAAAGUGUAUAAAACUUAGGUUUAUUCUGACAACCGGGAUAAACGCAUUUUUGUUCGUUUAGAUGGGUCGGAGAGGCUGGCUGUUCAAAAGGUAUACAAAGACUUUUAGCGCCCAUUGAGAGUGUUCCAAGUUCUUCUCCUACGUUCUCACUAUAAAUAGUAAAAAGACACAUAUUUACAUUGCAUUAAGGGAUUUGAAUGGUAAGUAGUGAUGUAAAUCAAAUUUACCGAGCGCUAUCAGCUUUAAUGUUAUCUUCGCAAGAUAUUUCUCCACAAAAUGGUGAUAAGAGUAUAUUCUUCUUAUUGAGUUCAGGACAAAAAUCAUCCCAGUUGUCAACACGUUUAAUAUGCUCAUUCAAAUUUUUCCUCGCUCUAUUAAGAAAAAUAUCCAUCAUUUGAUAUGUAACGGUUCAAAACAUUCAUAUAUAAAAUAUAUAAAAUCUACUUACUUUGCAAGCAUGUUAGACUGUAUAUCAGCCAAUAAGUUAUGUAAUGCGGAAAGCACUUCGAUUCUUUUUGCAACUACCCUUUCUGAAGUAUCUCUACGUACAAAUGUGACUUGUUCUUUCUCCAAAUCUUUGGGUCCUAAUUCAAUUCUUACAGGCACUCCCUUCAGUUCCCAAUGAUUGAAUUUCCAACCAGGAGUUCGAUUGCUACGAUAAUCAGCCUUUACUCUAACUGUUUU